AGGGCAUUUCGAACGCGAAUUUCCGCCAACUACGACGCGCCGUGAAUUAACCGCUGGAGUCCAUUUAACGUUCGCAUUCUUAUCAUUGACUAUUCGAGUUCACGAUAACUUGUUCCCGUUCAUCGAUUCAACGCUCGAGUUUUACAAGCAAGUUUUCAAUUCGUACCGCCAAACCGCCGAACUCGAUGGUGGGGAUAUAGGAGAAACGACACAAGGGGGAAAGUGAAAAUAGAACCGUAUAAAAGAAGGAGGUAAGGUCACCUUGGGAAACAUAGUCCUGCGAGUUGUCAAACGGUCAAGGCGUUCCGAGACACCGGCGUCCAGUUAAGCUCCUAUAAUAUAAUUUCGGAUUCGGGACAUCGUCGAAUUCAACGUCGAUUAACCAAAAACAAUGACAUCGAUCAAGGAGAGGCUGUUGGAAACGGUCGUGGAACCCGUCAAGGUCGGGAGGAAUAAAAUCACCGUCGUAGGGGUGGGUCAGGUCGGCAUGGCCUGCGCUUUCAGCAUCCUGACAAACAACGUGUCCAGCGACGUCGCGCUGAUAGACGUUAUGGCGGACAAGCUCAAGGGAGAAAUGAUGGACCUGCAGCACGGCAGUUCGUUUUUGCGAAAUGCCCGAAUAACGGCUAGCACAAAUUACGAAGCAACCGCCGAUUCGACGAUCUGCAUAGUGACCGCGGGCGCUCGUCAACGCGAGGGUGAAACUCGCCUCGAUCUCGUCCAGAGGAACACCGAUAUAUUCAAAGGCAUUAUUCCGAACCUGGUGAAGUACAGCCCCAACACAACCCUCCUCAUCGUAUCGAACCCCGUCGAUAUCCUUACCUACGUGGCAUGGAAACUGUCCGGAUUGCCGAAGAACCGCGUCAUCGGAAGCGGCACUAAUCUGGAUUCGGCACGUUUCCGCUUUUUGAUGUCCCAAAGAUUAAAUAUCGCUCCUACCUCCUGCCACGGAUGGGUGAUCGGCGAACACGGUGACACCAGCGUAACGACUACCUCGCGUCUAGUUCCUGUUUGGUCAGGGGUGAACAUAGCCGGCGUGCGUCUCCGCGAUCUCUGCGAAGAAGUCGGCACCGAUCACGAUCCGGAAAAUUGGGGAGAAAUUCACAAACAGGUGGUCGACAGCGCGUACGAGGUCAUCAAGCUGAAGGGAUACACCUCUUGGGCGAUAGGACUCAGCAUCUCAAACCUGGCGCAAUCGAUACUCAGAAAUUCUAGCUCGGUCCACGCGAUUUCCACUCUUGUUAAAGGGAUGCACGGGAUAACCGAGGACGUUUUUCUCUCGCUUCCAUGCGUCCUGGGUGAGAACGGAGUGACGCGUGUGGUCCAACAGCAAUUGACGGAGGAGGAAAGAUCGCUGUUGCAAAAAUCCGCCGAGACGAUGCACAAGGUUCAAUUGAGCCUGAAGUUUUAACGAUGAAGAAUUUUAUCGAUUUAAGGGCGCGUUAGAGAUCCUGGAUAACGCGUUAUCGAAACACUGCAGAACACACGUCUCUGUAGCUUUUGAUACGAAGUAUUAUAUUUUAUUUUUCGAUCAUCGUUCCUGCGACGACAAUUCGUUUUUUUUUUUUUUUCAUUCAGUUGCAUUUUAUUUAUUACAUAAAAAUUUGUACGAGUGCGAUUCGCUUUUCAUUUCAUAAUCAGCGGUAGUUUUUUUUUUUCUCUUCGCAUUUUCUGUAUCCCAAUGUACGCUGCCAUUCAUGUAUUCGUUUCAUUUAAUAAAUCCUGUUAGCCUUAUCGUAUUUUCUUAACGACAUAUUUUCACCCACAUCGAAUACGCGAUUCGAAAUUUACGUCCAACUGAAAAUUCUGUACGUGCCAAUCGCUGCGAUAUUCGUAAGGAAUUUAAAAAAAAAGUAUUAUCACUGUUGUCUUUACUACGCUUGAAAUUUAUUGAAAAAUCUUCAAGCUUUUCGAUUCCUCGAUGUCUCUCAUAUGUGUGUAUGUGUAGAAAAAAAUAUAUAUCUUAUUCUCAUUGAUUGCAAAAUAAAUGUUCUAUAAUUGCACAAA